UUUCAUCAAAGUUUGUUCUUCACACCCUCUGUCUGGCUCCUCUUCUUCGUCUUCACCCACUCUCUCACUUUUCUCUCUCUCUAAAACCCUCUCCUUCUCUCUCUAAAACCAGACCCAUCAAUGGAACACUCACCAAAACCUCAAGAUUUUCAAAACCCAUCUCUGAUACCAUCCCCAAACAGCCUUAGCACCCAUAGCACAACCAGUAGCAGCAGCAGCAAUGGACUCCACCACCACCCACCACCACAACCAUCGCCAACAACACCCAGACCCAUCACCAGAUCGGAGCCCAACAAUCCAUACCCAACAACCUUCGUCCAAGCAGACACCUCCUCCUUCAAACAAGUAGUCCAAAUGCUCACCGGAUCCUCCGAGACGGCGAAGUUCGCCGCCGCCGCCAAACCCGACCCGCCUAAGAAUCCGAUUCCGCCCAUCAAGACCGGACCCAUGAAAGAGAAAGCAGCUUCCAAGCUCUACGAGCGAAGAAACAGCCUCAAGAACUUCAAGAUCAGCCCACUCGUCCCCUUCCUCGUUCACAAUCCCGGGUUCUCUCCCCGGAACCCGAACCAGCCGGAGAUCCUGUCGCCGAGCAUGCUUGACUUCCCGUCGCUGGUUCUCAGCCCGGUCACUCCUUUGAUACCCGACCCGUUUAACAGAUCUCCACACAACCCAGGCAGUGCGAAUUUGGAUAUGGAAGCUGAGAACAAAGCGAUUGCGGAAAAGGGUUUUUAUUUGCAUCCAUCGCCGGCGAGUACUCCGAGAGAGUCCGAGCCCCGACUCUUGCCUCUGUUUCCGGUCAAAUCGCCCCGAGUUUCAGGUUCUUCUUCUUCUUAAAACGAGUUUUGUUACUGUAUGAUUAUAUAUUUAUAUAUAAAUAUAUAUAAUUGGGCUUUAAUGUGGCAAAUGUUGUUAUAAAUUUGCAAUGGGCUAUUAUUAAGAUAUAUAUAGAGAGAGUCUCUUUGUUCCAAUUGUAUAUCUGUGUUUUUUUUUUUUGUUUUAAUUUUUGUAUCUCUAAGAUUAAUUUUUUUUGGUACUUGAAAUAUAAUUAAGGAUUGUAAUGAGUUUGUGCGGGAUAA